AUGACCUUGACUAUUAGCGGAAAGCAUUGCCUGUGCCCGAAAAAUGAGGGUGCAUCUCGCGUGCUUGAUCUUGGUACCGGAACUGGUAUCUGGGCCAUGGACUACGCGGAUGCUCAUCCUGACACGGAGAUUGAUGACCUCGAGAAAGCAUGGACAUGGUCUCAGCCAUUCGAUUUCAUCUUCAGCCGCAUGAUGACCGGAAGCUUCUCAAAUAAUGCGAGCAUAGUCGAAAAGGCUUUCAACCAUCUCGAACCAGGCGGAUAUUUCGAGGCGCAGGAUAUGGCGCUGCCACUCGGCUGCGAUGACGGAACACUGACCGAAGACUCGGAUCUCUGGAAAUGGAUGCUGCUCGUCAUGGAAGGUAUGGAGGGGUUUCAAAGGCCCGUUGUUGCUGCGCAGAAAUGGAAGGAGAUGAUGGAAGCAGCCGGCUUCGAAAGUGUCGUGGAGGUGGUGUACAAGUGGCCCACGAACCGAUGGCCUCGCGACAAGAAGCACAAGGAGCUGGGCAUGUGGAGCCUGGCAAACAUGGACCAGGCACUUGAGCCUGCUUCACUUGCUCCAUUGACCCGAGCCCUUGGGUAUACCAAGGAUGAGGUGCUUGUGCUUGUGAGCAAGGCGAGGAAAGUCCUGCGAGAUACAAGCGUCCAUGCAUACUGGCCCAUACAUAUUGUAUAUGGGAGAAAACCGCUGAACGCUCCAGUGAACCUCCCCGAGCAUGGCAUGUCGCCUCACAGCGGAGCUGAAGAUUAG